AUGUAUUUGUUUUUAAGUUUUCUUGAGGAUAUUAUUACUACACAGACACAAAGUCCAGUUAAUUCUCAGUCUUUUCGAUUCUUGAUGGAUAGCUCAAAACUUGAAUCAUUGGAUUUGGAAUUGCAAAAUCUCCUUUCCAAUUAUUCAUUCGAAGCAUUGCCAAUCUUAUCUCCAAAACUUUUUUCAUUAUUUCCAAAUAAAAUGAAUAAUGAUAGAAUAAAUAUGAAUGGAUUCCUCUCUCCCACAUUGCUGAGUUUUCAAAAUGAAGGGAUUUUAUCGUUACCAACAUUAUUUGGGUAUGCUUCGAGUAACGAGCAAGAACUUGUUGAACUUCUCGACAAAUUUAUUGAAUUAUCGGGGGUAUCCGGUGUUUUGGACAAAUUAAUUGUCGAGAUUGAAACAAAAGCUAAGAUGAUUGAAGAUGAACUAUAUCCGGCUUUGGUUAAAUUGGAACUUUUGGAAAGGCGCUGGAAGUCUAUACAAAACAACCUCACAGCUCUGCAGAAUAAAAUGCUUGAUACACAUGGUUAUACUUUUCUAGAUAAGAGACAGUUUGGAAAAUUAUUCAACAGAGGAAAAAUAAGGAAAUGGCCAAUAUUAGACGAGGAAUUGUUCGAGCAAGAAAUUCGUAGAAUGGGGGAAAUGGAAAGUAAGCAGUCUUUUUGGAAAUUAAAAAUAUUAAAAAAAGUUUUAGGCACUCGAAUAAAAAGAAAUUCUGAGAACUCAUCACGGGAAGAUACGUCGGAUCAAAUAAAUUCACUGAGACCGUUUACUUACACAAAUAUUUUGAGACAAGAUGCUGUUGUUGGUAUACUUUCCCCAAAGGCUUUUGCUACAACUUUGCUCAGUCCAAAAUUUAUGUUGUUGAAUGUUUUAAGUCCGGUAGCAUUUAUACCUAGUAUAAUGAGUCCAAAGGCAAUGGCACUUACUGUUUUGUCGCCGACCGCUUUUACUGCAAAUAUAUUAACACCAAAUACACUAUGGACAGAAAUACUUUCACCAAAAUUCUUUCACACAAAUAUACUUUCACCUAGAGCUCUUGCAUCUUUGGUGUUAUCGCCGAGAACAAUGCUUGGAGAGGUUCUUUCUCCAAAAUUUAUUGAGUUCCGAGUGUUAAACCCAACAACAUUCUAUGCUGGUGUUCUUACUCCAAACUUUCUACUUCCGCGAGUUCUUUCGCCAUCCAAUUUUGCUGUUACAGUGUUAAGCCCAAAUAUCCUAUCGCCAAGUAUUUUUAGCAAGGGGAACUUCACCGUUCAGGUUCUUUCUCCAAGCAUUAUGAGUGAUGAUAUUACAUUUGAUCAACUAUUUAGAGGAGAGUGGCAAAAAGCAACGAGCAGAAGAUAG